CUAAUACGGUGCGCUGAAGGAUUGAAUGAGCUAAAAUAUUUUUAGACUGACACUACGCGACACAAAGCGUUUGGUAGAUGCACCAAUUAUGAAUAAUAUUAAUAUCAACCACGUCAACAACAAUAAUAACAAUGGCUGCUUUAUAAAUUAUUGCAUUUUUAUGGGGUCGUGGCCAAACCACGUCAUUGCAACUUGCAGUUGGACAAAGGUUCCCUAAUUUGUAGGCUUAUAUUGAGUUGACUACAGUCCAUAUUUAUUUAACGUAUUACAUUCAAAUGACCGCUAGUAGACUACAAGCAUUAUGUAAUGUAGGCUAUUGUUUUGUUUUUCUUAAUAUAUGUACUACAGUAUUACAGUUUCUAACAUGCUAUGUGUUGUGUCUCUUUUUUAUUUUAUUACACGUCCAUCCCUGUGUUAUACGUGGUUUGACCUGAUUGCGGGGAUAUAUAAAGUAUUAGUCCUACUCCAUCUGGCCCCCGGGUGCGCGUGUCAAUGCGUGAAAGCCGCUACUGUCUCUUUAAAUUUACCCAGGAGCCCCUUAAGGAGCCCCAGGGGCCCCUAGUACGGCUCCCCACCCUGAAGACAAGCAGAACCUUAAAAUACAUACUGGAGGCCCGCUAAAGCGCUUUACAAACAAGAACAACACACACUCGCGGAGCCGAAGACGGACAGAGAACCGGUAAAAAUACGGUGGCGAUACAUAAAAAGUUAACUUGGCUCCCCGAGCGGAGCGCAUGUGGGGGGACGAGGGGUUCAUUUAUAAAUACGGCACAGGCACCCAAAAGCGUUGGGUCCGUCCUCGGCUGCUCGCGAAAAACGGGUGCCGAAUAUAACAUGCUAUGUAACACUGCUGUGUGAAGGCGAUUGGGGAGCCACAAUCAUAUUCCAAAAAAUCAGCCAGUAAUGGAAGAGAAAGAUACGGGGGAGAGCGAUCCUGUGGACCUCCAGUGUGCUGAGCAGACAGAUCUCGUCUCAUUAAUAAUAAGCGGAGAGGAGGAAGCGACGCAAGAGGAGAGUGACCUGGGAAACGACGAGGACGACGAGGACGACGAAGACGGCGGCCUAGCCAACGGCCACGAUGAGGACGAAUCCCAGAGCAGCAUGGCCACGCCCGCCAGCUCCCCCCACACCAGCUACUGGAGCGUCACCGAGGGUCCGGACCAGCCCCUUCUGCUGUCCCCUGCCCCGGGCCCCUCCGGCGGCGGCGGCAAGGCCCCAAGGGUCCCGAGGGCCUCCCGCCAGGGCCUCAGCCGCAUCCCGGGCCGGGACCACCGGCGGUACUACCACGAGUAUUGGCGCAGCGAGUACCUGAUGGACUUUGACCGGCUGCGGCAGGGCAUGAUCUGCAUGGUGUGCGGCAGCUCGCUGGCCACGCUCAAGCUCAGCACCAUCAAGCGCCACAUCCGCCAGAAGCACCCCGACUCCCUGCUGUGGAGCCCCGCCGACAAGGAGGUGAUCCGCUCGGGCUGGGAGAGCCACCUGGGCCUGGGGGGCGCCCACAAACCCUUCUUCCCCCCGGAGGAGGAAGGAGGAGGAGGAGGAGGAGGAGGACCGAUGAAAGUGGAGACGAUGACGACGGCGGCGGGGACGGGCGUGGAGGAGCCGUCGGCGCGCACGCUGGAGCGCUACCUCAACGACUCGCUGCACGCCUGGUUCCGCCAGGAGUUCCUCAUGGAGUACGAGGCGCCGGCGGCCGGCGCGGGCGUGAGCCGCCUGCUGUGCAUGGUGUGCGGGGGCCAGCCGCACUCGCUGCACCUGGACCACAUCAAGGGCCACGUGCUGGAGCGCCACCCCGACUCGCUGGUGUACAGCGCCGAGGAGAAGCACCGCGUGCUGCAGGCCUGGGCCCACGCCCACCCCGAAGAGGAGGCGGGGCCGUUCAUCAAGUCGGAGCGCGACGCCAAAGACCCCGAGGCCGGGCUCUCCCCUCAGGACGCGGGGUACCUCCAGGGGGGCUACGCGCUCCCGCCGGGCCACGCCCCCCUCACUCUGGACCCCGGCGGCGUUGGCGGCGGCGGCGGCGGAGGUCUCAUCGGCGAGGACGGCAUCGGCGGCUUCGGCGGGGCCGUGGCCGGGACCCCCGACCACCGGGGGCCGCGGGGCCGGGGGGCCCCCAGGAGGAGGCGGCUCCGCGGGGGGGAGCCGUGGCGGCUGCGGCUGGACUACCUGGUGGCCUACGGGCCCCAGGGCCGGGGGACCUACUGCAUGGUGUGCUCCCAGGCCCUCGCCGAGACCAAGGUCAGCGGCUUCCGCCGGCACAUCCAGGAGAGCCACCCGGAGACGGGCGGCCUGGGCCGCAAGGAGCGGGAGGCCAUGGCGGCGGCGUGGACCAAAGAUUACCACGGCGACCACGUCAAAGAAGAGCUCCACCCCAGCGAGCUCGUGGCUGCCACGGCGACCGACGGCGGCGCGGCGGCGGCGGCGGCGGGGAGCGACUGGCCCUCCCCCCUCGCCGGCGGCGGCCUUCGGCGGCGGCGGCGGCGGGCGAUCAAGAAGGAGCCCCCGGGAGGUCCCGGGGAGGAGGGGGAGCAGGGGGGGGCGGCGGCGCCCGGCUCCUGCGCCGCCGCCUCCGCCUCCUCGCGCCACACCCACUACCCGGGCAAGGACCAGCGGCGCAACUACCAGGUGCGCUGGCGCCAGGACUUCCUGAUGGACUACGACUGCCGGCGCCACGGCCUCAUCUGCAUGGUGUGCGGCUCCACGCUGGCCACGCUCAAGGUGAGCACCAUCAAGCGGCACAUCCAGCAGGUGCACCCGCAGUCGCUGGCCUACGACGCGGGCGAGCGGCAGCACGCGCUGCUCUGCUACGGCCGCGCGGCCGAGCGCUUCGUCCACGCCGACGACUGCUUCGCCCGGCAGGACCACGGGCACGGGGGCACCGGGACCACGCCCACCACGCCCACCGGACUCUCGGGGACUUGAGGCGCAGUGGGCGGGCUUGGGGGUGGGUGGGGUUGAGUUGUUUUUGUCGCCUGCUCCGGAAGGUUCUUAAGGCGGGGAUGCGUUCUGGAGGGACUUGUGAGGCAGCUGGUAGGUAGAAGUGGUGCAGUCGAUGAGGGGCGGAGAUGGUUUUAAAGGACUAACGCUAACUGGGUCACACCGUCGCCCGCGUGUUAUGCUAGCUCCGUGCUGGGGGGGGGGGGGGGGGGGGGGGGGCGGAGGGAGGAGGGGAAAAUACACAGGGCUCAGUUGUUCAGUUGUUUCUUGAGUCUUUACGUUCUCAGGAAGCUUGAACAGACUCAGUUUGUUUUUCUUUCUUGUAAAGAUUGCCAGAAAAUUAUCAUUUUUAAAGGUUAUGUGUCUGAAGACAACACAGCACUUUUUUUGUCACCCCCUCCCCCACCCCCACACCCCCCUUGAAAAAUGUUCCUUAAUCCUGGCGGUCUUCUUACUUAAUGCCAAUUCAGCGCGAGACCGGGGUUACAAGAUAUAAAAAUACGAUUGCUUAAGACAAUGAAUACCACCGUGCAGCCAUAUGACUUUUUGGCUUAGUCAUGUGUUUUUAUUUUCUGUUCACCAUCGUCGAUAGGGAGGGAGGUGAGUGUACCUCGAUUGUCAACCAUCAACACCAAUGUCCGUCGCUCAUCCUUUAUGACACAAGUCCAUACCUAUAGCCAUGUCCCGUAAAACCACCUUUGCUGCGAACUGCACACAAAUAAGAAAGUCACACGUUGUAAAUAUGUUGAAAGUUUUAAUUAUGUUUCUUUUAUACAUGCACUUUUAGGCGUCCUGGUUUGUACUAAACAACUUUUGAAUAUGCUCUUUCUACUCAACUGAACGCCAGUGCUAAAAGGUUGUUUAUUUCUUUUUUGCAUGAGGUAAGAAUUCCGUUCCAACUUCGCCGUUUGUAAAGCAUAUGUUUUACAAAAAACGGUAGCAUAUGCAAAGAAUAUUGUACACAAACAAAGUCAUCAAAUGUCACUUUCCUACCAGGGAAAAGGCUCAACUCAGGGAUGCUCAAUAUUCCAUGUUCCAGCUAUGCUAUGAGAUGUUAUGUUGUGCUAUUACAGUUUGUGGUCCAUCACCUUUGAGACGCAGAGAGCACCAGGCCAGCUGUGACCUGCAGAAGUGUCUCACUGGCGACAUGUGUUCAUCCUCAAGCUUUUGACAAAAACAUUGUUCACUCAACUUUUGGGGGUGGCCAAUGACAACCAAAACCGUUAGUUGUAAGUGUACCCGUUUAAGACACGCCCCCAUUUACAGUUCUUAUCGUGUCAUAUUUUAGCGUUGAUCACGUCAGCCUCUCGUUCUUUACGGCGACAGAAGCCUUUUGAUUUUUGACUUGGCACUUAAGUUAUUACAUAAAAUGAAUGAAGUUACAGCUAGAUGAAUGAUUUACAAUAGAGGAAAAAGAUAUAGGACAUAUAGGUGUGUGUGUGUGUGUGUGUGUGUGUGUGUGUGUGUGUGUGUGUGUGUGUGUGUGUGUGUGUGUGUGUGUGUGUGUGUGUGUGUGUGUGUGUGUGUGUGGUGGGGGGGGGCACUUAAAAAGACACCCAUUGAAGCACUCUGUUCCUAAACAAUCACACCAAUAUUCCAUAGCUUUUGGAAGUUGAUUCAUAAUGUUACCCUCCUACCGGCUUGAUGUCCCCCAGUUCACGUAUUAAUUAUCUGCCUGUCCACUUCAUCUACUUUUUGUUCCCUUUCUGAAUAUUUCAUACAAUAAAUCAUUUGGGGGGGAAAAAACAAUUGUCUUGUUCAAACUCUGCCUCAGCUUUUUGUCCUCAUGUUAUUCUCAUUAGAUGAUCAAUGCCAUUGACGUCCAAAUUCCGUCAGCCUACCGUAACCAUUCUUCCUCCUUGAUGUAUGAUAGAUACUGAACCUAACACUAGGACCAGGUAUUCAUUAUAUAUCAAUGUAGUAGCAUGGGAGUUAUAGUUCCAAUCCCUAAACCAGUACUGAAGCUUAGUUUAUAUGCAGCUCUUUAGUGGGUGUUUAACACAGAGUAUUCAUAUCCAUGUACAUUUCUGUGGGUUUUAAUAAUACAUUAGAUUUUAUAGUGCCUUUCAUCAGGACCCAUGGUGCAUAUAUGAGACAUCAUUUCUGGGUUAAUACUAUGCCCUAGGUAAAACAAAAUGAUCAACACAGCACGGUCCUUUAACACGUUUUUAUUAAUUUCCACUCAGUACAGGGACCACAGUUGUAUUUUUUCUUUCCAUUUUUUUUUUUUUUUCCAUCUGUAACAUCUUUCCCCCCAGAAUACUAUGGUCUAAAAACAUAGCUUACAAAGAAAGAAAGCUCUGAUGAUGUUCUAGUGUGAGCACAUCAAGAUACCGCGUUGGAACAGUCCAAAAGAAAAGAAAAAGUCUGAUCAGGAAAAACAAAAGUGAGGUCUGCACACAGGCGUUCAAAUUAACACGGUUAAAACUCUGCAUGGGUUAUCCUAUUACAUAUAUACGUCAUAUUACAUUCUGAGGCGAGAAGCAGUACGACGCUGAACCUGAAGAGAAAAAUACGUUUGCUGUAAAUCAUUUUCACAUCUAUUGCAAAGAAAUAUGAAGUAUCUGCAUCUGUAAGUAUCCGUCUGUCACGUAGCAUUUCCACACCUUCAUUGAACUUAAAGGAACCCCUGGAUCGGCGAUGCACCGCACACACGCAAGCCUUCAGACCCCGCACACAAACAAAGCUCGAGUCAUCAUCAUCAGGAGUUUGGCGAUUCGGUUUUUUGGACAAUGUUACACAGGGAGUCCAGCUAUGCCAAUUGUGAGUUCGGCGUUUAAGAAUGUGUGCGCGUUGACGGCAGUGUGUGAAAAUCAAAAACAAAAAACACAAAACUCCAGUGCGAAAACAAGUUCCAAUAGCCUAGAAUAAAGACUGGCUUUAAAAACCGCAGCUCAAUCAAUAAUUUAAACAAAACGAACGACCACGCUGUUCAGUGCCCUGUGAAAUAUAGUCGGGGAGCUGAACUUCCACGUGGAAGUCGGUUCAGUGAAAACAUGCAAAGAGACGACACAAUCAAAUAUGCAUGUGUGAGACGGGCAAGUUCCCCGUGUACGCAUAGAAGUACAAUGAGCACAGGCGGAUAUGUAGUAGUCUUUUUCUUCGGAGCAGGUGAACGGUUCCGGAGGGGAUCCAGUUGCAGGCCUUCCCGGAGUCAAGGGGCUACACUCAAAUGACCAGUGAUGAGCAAACUAGGGUUUGGGGAAGGGAGGAACAAUGCAAUUCUGCAAUUCAACAGAGAUUCAACACUCCUACAAAAUAUUGACUUGCUGUUUUUUUUUUCUCCAUUUAAUUAAGAAACACCAUCGUUAACAAUUACAAUAAUCAUCUUAACGAACAAAGAAAACAGAUGGGGAGGGGGAGGGGAUCUAGAAUACGUUACAGCCUCCAUCUGUGUGGUUAGUCGGUUAUCCUACGACAUGCUAUUCAUUGCAUUUCAUUUUACAACAAAUAAAAAAAACUCCCCAUAACCUAAGAUUUUGUUAAACUGAUUCAGUCUUCCCCUGUAAUACUUUAAAAUAUUUGCCAAUCCUGAAUUUCUACUCCCUUGAUAUUUCAAAUAAAUCCCCAAUAAAUAGCCAAUUAAAAUAAUAUCAUGACAUUUUUUCCAAGAUGUAUAGUUUGUAAUGAGCCUAGAAGAGUUAAAGCGGCUAUCUUAUCGGUACUAAAGAUAAUUCUUAUAGUUUAACAGGUGAAUGCAAGACUUAUACACAACUUAACGACUUAAAGGGUACUGUGUUAGGAAAAGGAAAGUGGGGAAUGUUCCUUUUUUCCUAUCAAAAGCAAAAAUCAUUAUGUUCCAUUACAGCAGAAGAGACACCAUUGCCAUCUUAAAGUGUAUAUAUACAUACGGAAAACAGUUCAGAAUACAAAUUGCAUCAAAUCAUAAGAUGGGGUGAACUAGACCAAAUUAUCACAGCUGGCUCAGUCUUCCUAUUUAAACCUGCCUGUGCCG